GAUUUGAACAACACAGAACUGCAGCUCACCAUGUCUCAAACUACUCAGACUACUCAGGCUGAAACGGCUGAGCCCAUUACCAUACGACUGUCGAACGGCAAGACUUUGAACUUUGCCUCUAAUAUAUCCCAAGAGGCCGAUGAGAUUCCCAUUAUUGACGUUUCCGGGAUCUACAGUGACAAGUUCGAAGAUCGCCAGGCAGUGGCGGAGAAAAUCCGCGAGGCAUCUCACCGUAUUGGAUUCUUCUAUGUGAUCAACCAUGGAAUUGAUCCAAAACAUGCCGAAGUGGUCUUUGAACAGGCCAAGAGAUUCUUUUCACUGCCAGUAGAGAAGAAAAUGGAAGUUUAUACUGGGCUGGUACCUAAUGAGUUUGUUGGGUACCACCCAAUGGAGCACUACAGUAGAACUGCGGCCAAACAAAAGGAUCUUAGUGAAGCAUUCAACUGGGCGUACUCUGCUGCAGAAGACCCCGAGGCCAUAGACAAAGACGAACCAGGCAUCAGUAUCUGGCCCAGUGACUUGGAUGGCUUUCGAGAAGGGCUCUAUGGCUAUCACACUCCCCUUCUCCAAUUUGCUCGAAAGCUGACCCAAAUCUUCGCCCUCGCGCUCCACCUGCCCGAGAAUGCCUUCGACGAAUACACGAAGAAGCCCGAGGCGGGGAUGCGGAUCCUCCACUACCCGCCACAGGAGCACUCUGUCGAUGACCAGAACGGGAUAGGCGCGCACACCGACUUUGAGUGCUUCACCAUCGUCACUCAGGAUGACUCGGCCGGCCUUGAGGUUCUCAGCAAAUCGGGCACUUGGAUCAAAGCUAACCCAGUCCCGGGCUCCUUUGUCGUCAAUAUUGCAGAUUGCUUCAUGAGACAGACGAAUGACUUCUUUGUCUCAACAGUUCAUAGAGUUGUCAACAAGUCCGGCCGCGAGAGGUAUUCGGCACCUUUCUUCUGGGGCUUUGAUCGGAAGAUGUUGCUAGAGCCGGUGCCGACUUGUGUUUCCGAGACGAAUCCGGCUAAGUAUCCUGUCAUGACCGCUGGUGAAUACUAUAAAUUUCGGGCAAAUAAGGCCAAGGACGACGAGUUAUAA